UUUAAAAUAAAAUCAUAUGAUUAGGCCCAUUUGUGUAGUCAUAUUUAUAAUUAUAUUUCGCUUAUUUAAUUGUUGGAUCAUACGUACAUUUUACGUUCCAGAUGAAUAUUGGCAGGCUUUAGAACCAGCUUAUCAGAAUAUAUAUGGUUACGGUGAAUUAACCUGGGAAUGGAAACAUGGCUUGUCUUUUUCUGGGAUUGAUACAAAGGAAAACAUGAUAUUAGGUCCUAAAAUAAUGAUGACUAUAUUUGGAAUCAUGUGUGAUAUAAUUUUUUAUAUUUGGUGCCAAAAACUAAAUUAUAUAAAUAAGGAAUUAUCAGGGAAAUGGAUUUUUUUUGCUUAUAUAUCAAAUUGGUUUAUAUUUUACUGUGUACCACGUUCUUUAGCUAAUACUCUUGAAAUGUAUUUUUAUAUCCUUAUCAUAUAUUUUUACCCACAUUGGAGUAUAUCCCUAAAUUAUAAAAUUAAUAAUAGAUUUAUAAAAGAUCUUGUUCAAAAUAGUCCCUACAUUUUUUUAAUAUUUUCAACUAUAUUUUACAGACCUACAUCUGUACCAUUAAUAAUUUUAUUAGUUUUUCAUUAUGUUAAUUUAAAAUAUAGAUUUAAUUUUAUCAUUAUUGUUAUAAUUAAUAUUAUUUUAUCCUGUCUGUUGCAUUUAUAUGUAGAUUAUAUAUUUUACAAAAGUUGGCAAUUGACCUGGUACAAUUUUAUAAAAUUUAAUUAUUUUCAUAACAUAAGUAUUUUAUAUGGAACUCAGCCUUGGUAUUGGUACAUGCUUAUAGGAAUUCCUGUUAUUUUAGGACUGCAUGUGUUACCAGUGAUGUAUGAAUUUUUUUAUUCAAAACUGACUGUUAUUAGCACAUUAAUUUUAUCAAUACUUAUUCUUUCAAUUUUUCCACACAAAGAAUUUCGUUUUUUGUUGCCAAUAAUACCAUUUUUUUCCAUAUUAGCUGGAAACUUUUAUGCAAAAUUAGACAAUGGUAAGAUUGCAUUUGUCAAAAAAUUAUUUCCCGAUCAUUGGAAAAUAAUUAAAAAUGUAUAUAUAGGUUUAGUGAUCAUAAUACAUUUGAACAUGGCAAUAUAUUUCAGUUUGAUUCACCAAAGAGGCACUAUAGAUAUCCUUAAAUAUAUAUAUAAACAGUCAAACCUCCAAAAUACAUCCACUUUAUUGUUAAUGCCAUGUUAUUCCACUCCACAUUAUUCCCAUUUGCACAAACACAUUAAUAUCAGGAUGUUAUCAUGUGAGCCCAAAAUAAAAAAUGAUAAAAAGGAAAAUUCUCAUAAAACAAGCAUUAUUUUAGAAGAUGAAUAUGCUAUGUUUUUAAAUAAUCCUGAUGAGUUCUUACAAAAUAUUAUGGAAAAAGCUAUCUCAAAAAAUCUCACUUAUACACAUAUCUGUUUCUAUUCCAAUGUUUAUCCAAAAUUGGAAUCAUCAAACUAUUUCAAAUCUCACAUGAAAUACACAUAUUGUAAAGAAUUUUUUCAUACUCAUUUUCCAUAUGAUAAUAUGUCACGCUACAUUAUAUGCCUAUGCGUCACCAAUUCUAUGGACAUCCCCAACCCCUCAUUUUGGAUUACCUAUCUCCUAAUCAUCAUACUCAAUAUCGAUUAUAAAGUUCAAAAGCCACCAGACGCAGAGACGUCACCAUCCCCGGAUUUUUUAAAAACAAGCACAACCACGACCUACACGAAAUCACUGUACAACACAUUCUAUAUCAAGAAAAAAUUGUGGACUCAAUUGGCUGAAAAUAUACAAAUAUCACACCAAUAA